AUGGGCCAGAUGGAAAUCACUCGUAUUGGCGCGAUUUACAAAAAGAACCACUACUUAUGUCCCGAAGGCUUCUCGUUGAUGGUUGGGGAGCGUUUUGUAGCUACGGCACCGUUGGUAUUCAAUUCACAUCUUGUAAAAUGACAAGCCAGGACGACUACCCAUCUCUUCUUGAAAAAUCGUUGGUGCCAUUCAUCAAGACGAACACCAACAAAUACUACUUUUUGCAAGACAACGCUUCAAAUCGCACUGCGCGGAGUACUCUAUCCUACUAUUAUUAUUAUUAUUCUAUUCAAUACUCUACUACUCUACCGGCGAGCGGUCGACUUUUCAUCGCUCUCCCCGACCAUCUCGCACCAGUCGCCUGGACAACCUGGUGCUGGUACCAUGGAUAUGCACCAACUGUUACUUAUUCGGAUGUUGAGUAUCAUGAAUUCCUUGAACAGAUUUCUGAAGCUCUUGGUGCACGCUUUCACAAUCAAGGCUGUAUUGUCAAAAAUCGAAACCUGGUCAAAACUGUUCUGGGCGAUUUCAAUGCAAAGAUUGGGUGCGGAGAAGAAACUGAGAAGUUUAUUGGACGACAUGGCCUAGGCGUACGCAACGAAAGAGGUGACGUACUUGCCAAUUUCUGUUCAGAAAAUGAACUUUACGUGAUGAACAACCAUUUCAAAAAGACAAACUCCAGAAAAUGGACGUGGAUAUCACCCAAUAUGCAGACGAAGAAUGCUAUUGAUUUUGUUCUAUCAGCUGACCGAACCAUAUUCCAAGAUGUUGAUAUCAUCGGCCGAUUCAAAUUCGUCAGUGAUCACCGACUUGUUAUGGCUAAGAUUCGUCUAGAAAACAAACGAUAUCAUUCCAGGAAAGCUGAGACCACAACAAACUUUGAUGCAAAGGUUUUCUCCGCAACGCUGAAACGGCUUAUCGCCAACAAGAUUUCUAGCAACUAUGAAGAACUGAAGGAGGCAGUAGAGAUGGCCGCUGCUGAAGCCAAAUCGGAGGUUCCGAAAAAGUUCCACUUUUCCGAAAGAACGAGAAAUCUGUUCGAAAAACGACACCUCCUUUUACAUCAGCAAAGAAGUACAGUAGAAUUUUCCAUGAUCAACAAGCUGUUACGUCUUCCGUUUGAUCUUGAGCGGAAACAUCUUCUGCGUCUACAAGAAGCUGUUUCUCAAGGUUCCAGUCUUCGUCGAGCAUUACAGGAGAGACAAAUU